GCCGAGUUACUAUACCUAAUAUCUACCAUCUCAUUGUAUAAAUAUCUCUGACUCCAAAACCGACGAAUUUAUCAUCCUAAGUAAUAUUUUUCUGAUUUUUAGUUUCCCUGAAUUCGAUUAGAUACUGCAAAAUGAAGACCAUCUAUUUGCCUGUCAAAGGACCAAUUUUGCUAAUUCUACUCCUCCCAAGUUCAGUUUUUACAUCUACCUUCCCAACGUCGCAGCCAAUAGAUCUUAACUUGUUCGAUUUAAUGUACGGCUCGGGGCAGGGGCAAUGUCGACGGACUGAAACGACGUGCAAGAAAUCUGAUACCGCGAUUUACUGCUGCGGGAAGAACAAUUUCUAUGAAUGUUGCGCUAAUGAUGACUCUUGUUGCCCAUAUGGUCACAAAUGUUGUGGUCAGUACUGUUGCAAAAGGGGGGAUGAGUGUCGCAGCGAUGGCUGUUACACCUACACCACGACAACCUAUUACAUCCCGAUCGGUUUGAUUUGCGCGGGAAUAGGCGCAGUGGCGCGAUGUAUGUGUGGCGCUGGUGAUAAGUCUACGGAGGCGUCACCAGGCCAAGAACUUAGGGAACAAAAUAGGGAAGAUGGUGAUAUAGCUACCCACGACGUGAAUAGGGAGGUGUAAGCAUGGAAUUAGGAUUUAUUUAUAAUGUUGAUAAACUUCGUAAUUUAGUAAUAUGUAUGUACAUAUGUAUAAUAAGCGUAUAUGUUCUAACGACGAUAUUUUAUUUAGCAAACUCAUUUAGAAAUUUGCCAAGCUCAAAAAACUUGUGUCAUGAGCGAAAUAGCAAAAUAUGAAUUCACAAAUUCGACAAAUCUAUACAUGUGUUGUGAUAUUUUAAUUUAAUGUGUAUGGAUUAUUUGCGAUUUCUAAAGCAUUCAAUAGACAGGAUGGGUUUGCGAAAUUAUUUUUGCGAAAUAAAUCCUACAGUUUUCCAGAAAAAGAUUUCGAAAAUCUGAUAAAUUUUACAAGUUAUGUUGACAUAUUUACUUUGCGAAAACUUCAACGCAGAAAUUUUCCCGAGGGAAAGUAUAUUUUUCUGUUAGAAAACAUGACGAGUUGAAAGCUGAUCGCGUCAUACUUUUCCCCAAGUGCUAUAUAAAUAUGCGUUGUACUUUCUCCUCAUAACUGCUCGUCAAUACAUACAGUAUUUUGCAUCUUAUCCAAAAUGUGGGCAUUUUCUCCUGAGAAUAAAUCCGAAUCUGCAAUCCCAAUGUUCCGAUCAGUCAUCAGUAAGUGUUAAAUAAUCACUCAUACCACGCGUAUGUACCACGAAACUCGAUCCCCAGACCAUUAUAGCCAGUGUAAUUAUUUAAACACUUAUUUAGUAGCAUCCGCUGUUUGAUAUGUUCCAUCAAUUAUAUAGUUAAUUAAUUAUGAGUUCAACUAUCAACUUAGGCAUUUAACGGAUAAGUGCUUCUAUCAUACGUAUAACCAUGGUUAUGUACGUGUGCAUACAUAC